AUGAAUACUGUUCACGAAUUUGUACACAGUAUUCUCAACGAUAAUCCAUACUUUAGUGCUGGGGCAGGUUUAUGUGGUGUUGGCUUAGGAAUGGCAUUACUGCGUCGAUGUGGUCAAAUAGCUUCUGUAGUCAUACGUCGCAAUCUAACGUUAACCUUGGAAAUCGCAAGUCAUGACACUUCCUAUCAAUGGGUUAUGCACUGGCUCUCAAGGCGGGCUCGAUCUUGUCAAGGAAAUAGGUUUCAAAAAGGUGCUGGACAGCAUUUAAGUGUUAUAACAAGUGUUGCUCGCACGGAAGCAGGUCGAAUCAAGGCGGCUUUUGAUUUCAUUCCCAGCACUGGUAUUCACUAUAUCUUUCAUCAAGGUCGAAUAUUACGCGUUGAACGUGUGAGGUCUCAGCAGUCGCUUCAGGGCGCAUCUGUAGCGCCGUUUGAAAGUGUAACGUUGACAACGCUUGGUUUCGAUACUAAAAUUUUCACAGACAUUCUUGAAGAGUCCAGGCAAGCUGCUUUUUUAAAAGACGAAGGAUGGACUGUUAUUUAUAAAGCCUUUGGAGCCGAGUGGCGUCAGUUUGGUUAUCCUAGACCAAGGCGACCUCUAAACUCCGUUGUUCUGGGUGAAGGUGUAGCUGAGACGAUUACGGCAGAUAUCAAGGAAUUCAUAAACAGUUCAACUUGGUAUUCUGCUCGAGGCAUACCUUAUCGACGUGGCUAUUUGCUUUAUGGUCCACCGGGAUGUGGUAAAAGCAGUUUUAUAACUGCCCUUGCUGGUCACUUGGAAUAUAAUAUUUGCGUGCUUAAUCUCAGUGAAAUGGGCAUGUCAGCCGAUCGCUUGGAUCAUCUUCUUACUCAUGCUCCUUUGCAAUCGAUUAUCUUACUCGAGGAUAUAGAUGCUGCUUUACCCAGCCGAGAGGAAAAUGUCGAUAUGGGCCAACGUUAUGGUCGGGCCUAUGAAGGAAUGUCCUGUCUAACUAUGAGCGGUUUACUCAAUGCUUUGGAUGGUGUUGCCUCGACUGACGGCCGUAUCCUCUUCAUGACUACUAACUACUUCAAUAGGUUGGAUCCCGCACUGAUACGACCGGGUCGAGUGGACUUCAAAACAGAAAUAGGUCUCUGCACGGAGGAUCAACUCCGUCGAAUGUUUUGCAGAUUCUAUCCCCAUGGAACUGAAGUAAAUGGAUCGCCUACUUCUCAACAUCCCUUGGCUGCCACUUUCGCCUUCACCCUGGGUCCAGAUCUAGUUAGCGCGGCACAGGUCCAGGGUUUCCUUCUUGUACAUAAAGACUCGCCGCACAGUGCCAUGGAUGCUCUGCCGCAAUUCAAACAGGAAUGUCUCGCACAACGUGAAACGCUGCGAUCCGGUGUUUAA